CGGAGGGAGACAGAGGGACGUUGUGGUCACAAGAGCGAGAGGAAUAUGGUGGUGACCACCACCAGAGUGGACACCGGCGAGCCGCUGUACUGCACGUUCGCCUCCAGAUACGUCCGUGCCUCGCUCCCCAGGUUCAAGAUGCCGGAGCAGUCGAUACCGAAGGAGGCGGCGUACCAGAUCAUAAACGACGAGCUGAUGCUGGACGGGAACCCGCGGCUGAACCUGGCGUCGUUCGUGACGACGUGGAUGGAGCCGGAGUGCGACCGCCUCAUCAUGUCCGCCAUCAACAAGAACUACGUCGACAUGGAUGGGUACCCCGUCACCACCGAGCUACAGAAUCGCUGCGUGAAUAUGAUAGCCCACCUUUUCAAUGCCCCAAUUGGGGAAGACGAAAUUGCUGUUGGAGUUGGAACUGUGGGGUCUUCCGAAGCUAUCAUGCUCGCAGGGUUGGCAUUCAAGAGGAAAUGGCAGAACGAAAGAAAGGCGGAGGGGAAGCCUCAUGACAAACCCAACAUCGUCACCGGUGCAAAUGUUCAGGUUUGCUGGGAGAAAUUUGCCAAGUACUUUGAAGUGGAAUUAAAAGAAGUGAAGUUGAGGGAGGGAUUCUAUGUGAUGGACCCUGUUAAGGCAGUGGAAAUGGUUGAUGAGAACACCAUUUGUGUUGCUGCCAUCUUGGGUUCAACUCUCACCGGAGAGUUUGAAGACAUUAAGCUUCUAAAUCACCUCCUGACAGAGAAGAACAGGGAAACCGGAUGGAGCACCCCCAUUCAUGUUGAUGCUGCGAGUGGUGGAUUCGUGGCACCUUUCCUCUACCCAGAUCUGGAGUGGGAUUUCAGGUUGCCAUUGGUGAAGAGCAUAAAUGUCAGUGGCCACAAAUAUGGAUUGGUUUAUGCAGGCGUAGGUUGGAUCGUGUGGAGGAACAAAGAGGAUCUGCCUGAAGAACUCAUCUUCCAUGUCAACUAUCUUGGCUCAGACCAACCCACCUUCACUCUCAACUUCUCUAAAGGUUCAAGUCAGAUAAUAGCACAGUACUACCAGUUCAUACGCCUCGGCUUUGAGGGUUACAGGAGCAUCAUGGAGAACUGCAUGGAGAAUGCAAAGGCAUUGAAGGAAGGCAUCCAGGCGACCGGAAGGUUCGAGAUGGUAUCCGGCGACGUCGGCGUGCCGCUCGUUGCAUUCUCGCUCAGGGACAGCAGCAGGUACACCGUCUUCGACGUGUCGGAAAGCUUAAGGCGGUUCGGAUGGAUCGUCCCGGCGUACACCAUGCCGGCCGACGCGGAACAUAUGGCGGUGCUCAGGGUGGUGAUCAGGGAGGACUUCAGCAGGAGCCUCGCCGAGCGGCUUGUGUCGGACAUCCGGAAGGCCGUGGCGGAUUUGGACGGCCGGUGGGCGCGGACGGCAAUAGUCGCCGAGGUCAAGGCUGAGGAUAAACCUGGGGGCGUGGUUGUCUACAGGAAGAGCGUCGGAGAGACGACGCAGCAGCAGGAGAUCUACGGACACCGGAGGGGCCGUGUGGAACAGAAGAAGACCAGCGGAGUUUGUUGAGUUCAGGAUCAGCAAGCAGCAGAAGUACGAAGAUGAGUUUGGUUUGAUGAUGUCUGCAACAGAUCUUUCUUGCUCCUCACUAUAUCGUCCAUACUUCUCUGU